AUGGUUGUCCAAAGCCCUUUGGGGAGCGAGCCAGCUGUUCCCGGAAGUCCCCAACAAGCCCAAGAGAACUCGGCAGACGUUGAGCAAGAAUUGCGCCAGUGGUGUUCUACGCCUACAGAGGACAAGACGCCAAGCCCCUUGUCGUUGGAGCGGGAUGCCACUCCUGAACCCUCAGAACCUGGGGCAUCGCCUUCGGACACCAGUUACACGGAGGCCGCCUUCCUGGACUCCGAUGAGGAUAUGUGCCCUGAGCCAGAUCUGUUGGACGAGAGUUACAGGCCGGAUAACUCUUUCAACUCCGAUGAUGAACCGGAUUCCGACACCCGCAUCUGGUCCAACGACUCUGUGCACUCGGGCGGUGCAACAGAUGUCGAGUAUGUGUCCACUGUAAUUUUUCAGAAACCAGAACUCCAUUUUAUGAAUAGGAUUAAACUAGGUCUACCAAUCUGGAAAACUUGUAAUUAUCUGGGGCUUUUCUUCACCUGCAAAAGAGUGGACCCGGUAAAGGAGAGAAAGUACCUGGUGACUGCAUCACAGCUGCUGCUGCUGUUUUCUGCAUGCAUCAAAUGCCUGGCUCCGACACGGACGAAGCUGACACAUCGAGGGACCCUUGUGCACGCCGUCAUCACGUGUGCACGAGGGCACAAGACUGUGUGGGAGAACCAGCCCAGAAUCAACAGCAAGGCACUCCUCAACAUCCUGCUGCCUGCUGCCAUCACCUACUCUGGAGCCAGCCCAAAGCGGGUUCUUCGCCUCCUGGGAUCUAUAGGCGUGCAAGUCUUGAAGAAGACUCAGUUCUUCCGGGUGCAGAGCUCUUUGGUCUUUCCUGCUGCUACAAAGACCUGGGAAGCUGAACAGGAGUCUCUCCUGACAGCCACGAAAGACAAGCUCCACCUUGCAGGCGAUGGGCGUGCUGACUCGCCUGGCUACUCUGCCAAGUAUGGGACGUACACACUGCUUGACACCCGCAUCAACAAGAUAAUGCACUACGAGGUUCUUCAGUCGACAGAAGUCAAGUCGAGCAACCACAUGGAGACGGAGGGCCUGAAACGUUCCCUGGACUUCCGCCUGAGCAUGGGGCUGUCUGUGUAUGUUCUUGUGACCGACCGGCACUUUGGGGUGAAUGCCCUGAUGAGAGGCAGGUACCCCGACACCAAGCACCGGUUCGACGCAUGGCGUGUCGCAAAAGUGUAUCUAAUAUCAAAACUUGUUUUCCAAACUAGACUGGUGCUGAGCUAG